ACCCUGGCCGCCGCUGCCGCCGCAUCACAGCUUUGGGCGGGCGCCGGGAACAUGCCCCUGGCCACCUACUGCUACCUGCGGGUCGUGGGCAGGGGCAGCUACGGGGAGGUGACGCUCGUGAGGCACCGUCGGGACAACAGGCAGAAUGUCAUCAAAAAGCUGAACCUCCGAAAUGCCUCCAGCCGUGAACAGGAAGCCCAGCUCUUGUUUCGGUUGAAGUACCCUAAUAUUGUCACCUAUAAGGAGUCAUGGGAGGGAGGCGACGGUCUGCUGUACAUCGUCAUGGGCUUCUGCGAAGGAGGUGAUCUGUACCGAAAGCUCAAAGAACAGAAGGGACUGGAUAAAGAAGAUGGGCAGCUUCUGCCUGAGAGUCAGGUGGUGGAAUGGUUUGUUCAGAUUGCCAUGGCCCUGCAGUAUUUACAUGAAAAACACAUCCUUCACCGAGAUCUGAAAACUCAAAAUGUUUUCCUCACAAGAACAAACAUCAUCAAAGUGGGUGACCUAGGAAUUGCUCGAGUGUUAGAGAACCACUGUGACAUGGCUAGCACCCUCACUGGCACACCCUACUACGUGAGCCCUGAAUUGUUUUCAAACAAACCUUACAACUAUAAGUCUGAUGUUGGGGCUCUGGGAUGCUGUGUUUAUGAAAUGGCCACCCUGAAGCAUGCUUUCAAUGCAAAAGACAAAGUUUAUCGGGUUAUUGAAGGAAAGCUGCCACCAAUGCCAGAUUAUAGCCCAGAGCUGGCAGAACUGAUAAGAACAAUGCUGAGCAAAAGGCCUGAAGAAAGACCCUCUGUGAGGAGCAUCCUGAGGCAGCCUUACAUAAAGCGCCAAGUCGCUCUGUUUUUGGAGGCCACAAAGACAAAAACCUCCAAAAGUAAUAUUAAAAAUGGCGACUCUAAGUCGAAGCCUGUUCCUGCAGCGGUCUCUGGAAACGCUGAAUCGAGUCAUAAAGUAGUUCCCCUCCAGUCACACUCUUCUGAGGGCUCCAAGACAUAUGCAAUGGGUGAAGACAAAUGUUUGUCCCAGGAGAAACCUAUAGUCAUUGGCCCCUUGAAGAUACCAGCAAGUCUGAAAGGCUACAUCUGCAAACCAGACGUAAGCAAUACCUCAGAAUCGUUAGCCACCAUCAGUAAAGUGAAUAUUGACAUCUUACCUGCAGAAAGAAGGAAUUCACUGAGCGACGACUUAGUUCGGGAGAAUCAGCCAAGACACUUAGAUGCCUCUAAUGAGCUAGAAAGUAAAUGCAGUAUUUCUCAAGUGAAGGAGAAGCUGCAGGGUGGCACUAAGCCCAGCCCUCAACCCAGAAACCUAAUUCCCACGUGGUCCUCUGAUGAUGUCACUGGGGAAAGGAAUGACCCAGUGAGACCUCUGCAGCCCCUCAACAAAGACCAAAACCUGAAAGACCAGGAUCAAGUUGCUGGUGAAUGUGUUAGAGAAAAACCAGAUAGAACCCACCCAGGUUUACAGCCACAGAGUUCUGGCUCUGAGUCUUCCCUCUCUCGACAGCGACGACAGAAGAAAAGAGAACUGCCUGAGCACAGUGGGGAAGAGAGACAGUUCCAGGAGGCUGCUCCUCGACUUUUGCCUUCUCUUCCCACUGUUGGAAAAACGGAUGUCACAUUAACACAAAAAGAUGCUGAAAACCAAAAUAGAGUGGCCAUUGGGUCUGUGAGCUGUUCGAGGAGCAGGGAGGUGUCAUCAUCAAAGGAUCGACCAUUAUCAGCAAGAGAGAGGAGGCGACUAAAGCAGUCACGGGAAGAAGUGUUCCCCUCAGGCCCUUCAGUGAGGAGAGCUUCUCGGAGUGCAUCAGGGCCAGGGAAACCACAAGAAGAAGGCCAGCCCGCCCCUGCCCAAUGGUUGUCUUCCAACUGCACUGUUGCUCAGGAGAGGAAACUCAUCCACUGUCUGUCUGAGGAUGAAUUAAGUUCUUCUACAAGUUCAACUGAUAAAUCAGAUGGGGAUUCCAAGGAACGGAAAUGUCAUACAAAUGAAAUGAGUGACUUGGUGCAGUUGAUGACUCAGACCCUAAAAUUGGAGUCUAAAGAGAGCUAUGAAGAUCUCCUGGUUCCAGAGCCAGUGUCAGAAGUUAAACUUCAUCAGAAGUACCGGGAUAUGCUGAUACUUCAUGGGAAAGUUGCAGAAGAAGCUGAGGACCUCCAUUUUAAAGAGCUACCUUCUGCUGUCAUGCCAGGUUCUGAAAAGAUCAGAAGAAUGGUUGAAGUUUUGAGAGCUGAUGUAAUCCAGGGCCUGGGGAUUCAGCUUUUAGAACAGGUGUAUGAUCUUUUGGAAGAAGACGAUGAAUUGGAGAGAGAGGUACGUUUGCAGGAGCACAUGGGUGAAAAAUAUACAACUUACAGUGUGGAAGCUCGCCAGUUGAAAUUUUUUGAAGAAAAUGUGAAUUUUUGAGAAUUUAAUCUGCCAGAACUAAAGACCUAUUUUUAAAGGUUUUUGGCUUAAACAGAAACAAACCCAUAAUAGUGAUUGGAGGACAUUCGCUGUCCUUAUUUCUCCUUUUUUUUUUUUUUUUUUUUUAACUGGGAGAAAAGUGGGAUCGAACAGAGUAACAUGAAGCAAUGUCACAAAAGAAAGAAAAAACCUUUGGCUAGCUUACUCUCUUGACGAAGAAAAUCUAUUAGAAGAUGUCUGGUUACUGUUUACUGAGCUUUAAACCACCAGUUUUAUAUUUAGAACUUUAUUUUUAAGGUACUAAUUAGCUUGAUUACAGGGCCAUAAAAUUAGAUUGGAAGUUUUAUAUUGUACUAUAGUGAUAAAUGCAUAGGAGAAGUAAAUAAUAUGUCAUAGUGAUACUCGUCAUUGUUAAUAACUAGGUAGUAGUUGAUAAAUUAUUUUUUU